GCAGAUUCCAUUUUCCGACAAAGAUCCUCCACCUUCUCCGAUUCUCUUAUCCUUUCUUUCAGCUCCUCCCUUAGUUUCAUCCAUCAUAUCUUAGAAGCUACAAACAGCCAAAAGGUCUCUCCUUUUUUUUUUUUAUCUCUGACGGAGAAAUCAAAGUGUGAUGGUUUCUAAGUUUCUCCACUUGACUCUGCUUUGUUCUUGACUUUUUUGGAUAUAAAGGUCUGAGCUUUCGAUUUGAUAUUGGAGUUUUGUUCUUAUGGAAGAUGUUAAUUUGCACUUUGAAUUGGAAUAAAGAAAGAGAGUUCCUUUGAGAGAGAGGAAGAAAAAUGGAUAUAUGGUUACUUGCAGCUACAGCUGCUACAGGUUAUAUAGCUAAGCAGCUUCAGAAUGUUACCAAAGGUAAAUGUAACUUUCUUGAAUCUUCUUCUGAAGAGAAUGUGAAGCAAGAAGAAGAAUCUCCUUGUAGAUCUCUGCUUAGUAGAUUGGCGAGAGUCAAGAAACCGGAUGAAAACAAGUUUGAGGAUGAGAAAAUGGUACCAUCAACGAGUGGGGAGAGUUCAGGCAACUAUGAAGAUUCUUUGUUUGGUUUGCUGCCUGAGUUUCCGGAGAUUGGAUAUGGAUAUUGGAAAACUAUUUGUGUUCUUGGGGGUGAAAGAGAGUUGAGUUCUUCUUUUAAGCAGAGAAGAUUGGUUAAAAGGAAUCAGCGGUAUAGACGGUUAAAUAAGCCUUUGAGUUCUAUGGAAAGCUGUUUAAUGUCUCGGUUUCAUGGUGAGCAAAUGACUAUGAUGGAAGAUUACUUGACUAGCCCGUUUCCAUCUCCACGCGCUUUAGUUUCUAGGCCGUUGCUUGUGACUGAUGGGGCUCGAGUUAUUAGCAAGAGCACAGCAGAUUCUUUGUGGAUGAGCCAACAACAACUUACUCUCAAUGAAGAUAGAAAUGAGAAGAGUAAGAAUAGAAAACAAGGACUAAGUGAUGCAACGGGGCUGCUACAAAUAGGGAUCUGUAUUGGCAUAAUGGCAUCGUUCAUGGCACGGCAAGCCAAACAAGAGUUGAAGGAGAGAGAGAAUGUGGUGCAUGAUGUAGGAGAUGAGCUUGAGAUGAAAGACUCGUUGACUGUGAAGGAGGUAUAUAUUGAGAAGGCAGGUGAGAAUUCAGAAUCUAUAAGUAAUAUUGAAGCAGAGCUUGAAGCUGAACUUGAAAGGCUAGAAAUCAACAUGAACACCUCCAACAUGGUUGAGAUGGAGCCGGAUUUUGAGGUGGAAUUUGCACAAGGUGAGCUGAUUGCUGAUCAGGUUAAAGGUAAGCGUGUAGAUGAAACCGAGUCAAACCAAGAUCCAAGUGGUAACUCCACACCUGAGUCAGGAAACUUUGCUGUCUCACCUCGCGAGUUGAGCUUGCGGUUGCAUAAAGUUAUCAACUCACGUCUUGAGAAAAGGAUUACAGAGCUCGAGACUGCACUGCAAGAGAGUCAAAGGAAGGUGGAACAGAUGGUCAUGGAAUCAGAAAGCAAGAAGAGUUCAUGGUCCAGAGUAUGGGAAACCCAAACAUAUAAGAGUGACUCGAAAACUACAGUUGCUAUAGAGCACACCAAGACUAGUCAUACUGAAUUGCAGCCCCUGGUUAUGAACUUAACAGGUGAAGCACUUGAUGCAUUCAAUGAGUCUUAUGAUGAGUUGAUGAACAUAAACGAUGACUCUGAAGAUGAUGAGUCACCAGUUGAGAUGCAAGAGAGUGAGCUUCAUCAUGAAGGUUUAUCUUCGACCUCGCCUUGGAGCCAUCAUCAGGAAGAUUCCAAGGUUCAGGAGCAGGAUCUGCUAGAUUUUAUUGAUUUGGAUAAACAAGAUGAAGAAAACAGCGACUUUGAGAGUGAAAUGGAGAAGCAACUGAUAAAGCAGAUUGUUGAGAAGACAAAACAAGGGUCUCCUGUUGUGUUGAAUGCUCAGAAGAUGCUGUUUCUCAUGGAAGAAGCAGAACAAAAUUUUGAAAAUUAGGCCAUAUAUAUAGUCAAAGUCUGAUCUGAUGUAGUAACACAAACAAAGCUGAAAGCCUGAAACAAAUUUAUUUUCAAUGUAUACCAAUCUCAAGCUGCAAAUUUAUUUUCAAAAUAGCAAAACCAUUCUAGAUAAAAAGCUAUAAAAUAUGAAAAGACAAGUUCUGACAACAUUUGUUGCAAGUAGCUUCAAGCUCUUUUGGCAACAUCAGUGCCAUCUUCGAAAUCUCCCACAGGUCCAUUCUCCAUCUCAGGUUUCUCCAUGCUUCCAAACUGAGCCUCACCGGCAACACCAAACUGAGCAUUGUCACCAUUGAACUGAGAGCUGUUGCCAACAGGGUUUCCUCCAGACUGGUUGUCUCCGGCGAAUCCACCAUUGUUGUUACCGUAAGUAUUGCCAGUAGCAUAACCACCACUUCCAUUAUAGCCACCCACAGCGCCUGCACCUGCAGUGGAACCCUCACCAUAACCGCUGCCGCUAGAUCCAUAGCCACCACUUGCACCAUAUCCACCACCUCCAUAACCACCAGCAGCAGCACCACCUUCAUAGCCAGCAGCACCACCUCCAUAACCACCAGCAGUAGCACCGCCUCCAUAUCCUCCAGUAGCACCACCUUCAUAGCCAGAAGCACCACCUCCAUAGCCACCAGCACCGCCUCCAUAUCCACCAGUACCUCCUCCAUAGCCACCGCCACCACUACCAUAGCCACCACCACCAUAGCCACCACCUCCAUAGCCGCCACCACCACCCCCAUAGCCGCCACCACCACCCCCAUAGCCGCCACCACCA